AAACAGGACACUCAGCGCACACACGGGGCAGGAACACACAGGCCGUGCACACCCUCCUGUGCUCAGAUCUGACGAAAGGGCCCUUUUGUGAAGACUUCCUCCAACGUGAGGGGCCCCUGCCUUCGUCUGGGUGCGUGCGUGUGGAAGCAGCGCAGCCUGAGCACAAGGAGACGGCACCAGACAGACGCCGGGAGGCGCCCACAGGAGCGCCCACAGCUGCGCCUGGUGCUCCAGCGGACGGAGCCGACCGGGAAGCCCUACAGCAGCCGCAGUCAGUGGGCUGCCUGAGGAGCCCUCGGGCACCAGGAGCGCGCGCAGCCCCCAUGCAGCCCCGCGGCCGUCCUGCGUGCGUACAGAACUUCCCAGGGGAGAGCUGGCGAUCAAGGCUGCAGAUGUAAGCAUGUUUCUCCCAUAACAGGAAUGUUAAAGAAGUUAGAGCCACAGUUUUAGAAAAAUGAGGAGCAAGCGAAUAUUAAUGUUCACCACGCAGUUGUGAACUGAUCAGAAAGGUGCACGCUGAGGGAGGAGGUGGCCCACGCAGCCGCGAUGUCACUGUCCUGUGGACGAGGUAUCGUGUGGACGUGUGCCAGGCUGCCCUGGCACCAGUGAGGCAGCGAGGACGUGGAGGAGGGGCAGACAGGAGGACAGAACAAUCACUCCCACCCAAUAAGAACUUGCAUGGAAACUGGACUCCAUCAUUCCCAGUCCUCAACAGCGUGUUUCAUGUGGGGAGAGAGACAGGUUCUAGGAGACCAUUCCCGGUGUGGGCCCACCUCCCAGCAGACCCAGACUCCAACCAAGGCUUUUCCCGGAAGUGACUGUCCUUUCUCCUGAGCCGGAGGCAGGAACAGCUGUCAAAGCGCUGACGUUAACGGCACUAACAUGCAGGGUAGGGUGCCGGCUCCGAGGACAAGGUACCAAGACCAGCCCCACCCCGGGCUGACAUGCGCCAGUGCGGCCCAUGAGGGGGUCCGAGCUGGAAAGCACCUGCCGGAGACGCCACUGCCACCCACUCCACAGGAGAGAGGCCCUCCUGGCACCUCCGCCCGUUAACUGCAGUCUCUGUCCUCGGAAGCUGCACUCGCGGUCACGUGGGCCACCUCGUCCACACGACAGCGACAUCGCGGUUACGAGGGCCACCUCGUCCACCCGACAGCGACAUCGCGGUUACGAGGGCCACCUCGUCCACCCGACAGCGACAUCGCGGUUACGAGGGCCACCUCGUCCACCCGACAGCGACAUCGCGGUUACGAGGGCCACCUCGUCCACCCGACAGCGACAUCGCGGUUACGAGGGCCACCUCGUCCACCCGACAGCGACAUCGCGGUUACGAGGGCCACCUCGUCCACCCGACAGCGACAUCGCGGUUACGAGGGCCACCUCGUCCACCCGACAGCGACAUCGCGGUUACGAGGGCCACCUCGUCCACCCGACAGCGACAUCGCGGUUACGAGGGCCACCUCGUCCACCCGACAGCGACAUCGCGGUUACGAGGGCCACCUCGUCCACCCGACAGCGACAUCGCGGUUACGAGGGCCACCUCGUCCACCCGACAGCGACAUCGCGGUUACGAGGGCCACCUCGUCCACCCGACAGCGACAUCGCGGUUACGAGGGCCACCUCGUCCACCCGACAGCGACAUCGCGGUUACGAGGGCCACCUCGUCCACCCGACAGCGACAUCGCGGUUACGAGGGCCACCUCGUCCACCCGACAGCGACAUCGCGGUUACGAGGGCCACCUCGUCCACCCGACAGCGACAUCGCGGUUACGAGGGCCACCUCGUCCACCCGACAGCGACAUCGCGGUUACGAGGGCCACCUCGUCCACCCGACAGCGACAUCGCGGUUACGAGGGCCACCUCGUCCACCCGACAGCGACAUCGCGGUUACGAGGGCCACCUCGUCCACCCGACAGCGACAUCGCGGUUACGAGGGCCACCUCGUCCACCCGACAGCGACAUCGCGGUUACGAGGGCCACCUCGUCCACCCGACAGCGACAUCGCGGUUACGAGGGCCACCUCGUCCACCCGACAGCGACAUCGCGGUUACGAGGGCCACCUCGUCCACCCGACAGCGACAUCGCGGUUACGAGGGCCACCUCGUCCACCCGACAGCGACAUCGCGGUUACGAGGGCCACCUCGUCCACCCGACAGCGACAUCGCGGUUACGAGGGCCACCUCGUCCACCCGACAGCGACAUCGCGGUUACGAGGGCCACCUCGUCCACACGACAGCGACAUCGCGGUUAGCUGCGGUUAUGCGGGAGGAUGGCCUGACUCAGGACAUGAACUCUGGAGUAGCCCAGGGUCGCUGAUGCCUAC